AUGGAAAACUUAUUCAUUGAAAUUGCACAAUUUUUAUCUGGUGUUUACUCUUUGAUCCUUAUACUUGUUGGUACACCAUUAAAUCUUCUAUGUUUUUACAUAUUUACACGUUUAGUACCCAAUCGUUCAAAUCCAACAAUAAUUGUUUUUGCACAUUUAGCUCUAAUUGAAUUACUCAUACCUUUUACAUGGAAUAUAAAUUAUGUUGUUCGUGAAUUAUUAUGGAAAUAUCAAAAAACAACUUCGAUUAAAAAUGUUGAACAACAUUCAUUGUUUAUAUGUAAACUGAUCGCCUAUGGCGCUUAUUUUUCUCUUCAAUGUGCUGCAUGGCUUAAAACAUUAGCAACAUUUGCACGAUGUGUUUCACUACAUAAUAAUUGGCCAUUAAAAAAAAUGGCUAUCGAAACCAUUUUUUUUCAAUUUUGGGAAAUUGCACAUUUAUUAAUAUAUAAUUUUAUUCCAUUUACAUUAAUGAUAUUUUGUAAUAUUUUAAUAAUUCGUCAAGUUCGAGAAUCUCGUAAUCGAACACAACGAUCAAAAUUAAGUGCAACAUCACCAAAAAAUCAUCGUACAAAAACAAGUGAUGGUGGACGAUUAACAAAAACUUUAAUAUUAGUAACAAUAUUUUUUAUUCUAUUUACUUCACCUGCUGCAAUAUUUUAUAUAUUUUUUGGAAAAAAAAUUAAGAAUCAUAAGAAUUUAAUAACAAUGACUUUUAGUAAUUUAGCAACAACAAGUCAUGUUACUUCAUUUAUUAUUUAUUGGCUUACAUCAGCUGAUUUUCGAGAUGCAGCUAUUAGUGCUAUUUUUUGUCGACCAAUAGCAUCUCAACGACAUUCAAUAGAAGAUAAACAACAUGAUAAACACAUUUCCGAUCAACCACCAUUAGCACCGCCAAUUGUUCAAUCUAAUGAUGUAGAUCAACGGAAAUUGCCUUUACUUCUUUCAUCAUAA